GAAAAUUCCGGACUAUCGUGAACUAACCUCCGGUUCAUCUGAAGGAGAUGAUAAUGUCAAAUCAAGUGGUCAAACUGAAUCCGAAAAAUAUCAAGUUCUUGAUGAUCCCGAAACCUUCUUUAAUGAAGAUUACACUGAUGAUGAGUUUAAUACUUCACCCAUUGAGGCUGAUUUGAAGAAAUUCAAAGAAACUUACUUAACCAUGGACCCUGAUUAUAUGUGGACACUGAAAACUGGUCGCAAAGUGGAAACAGUCAUUUAUGAAUUUGCUAAAAGCUUACACAGAGAGUCAUAUCUUCAUUCUUUUAUAAUCAAUGAUGCCGAUGUCGAAACAAAAUCAUUAUUUUCACCCGAAGAAUGGAAAGAAAUUAAAAAUCUCGAAGUUAUAGAUAGACCGAAACUUGACCCUUGUCACAAGGAGUUGUUAAGAAAAUACACUGUUAAUGAUAUUAAAAAAUUAAGAUCACUUCUUUUUGAAUUAUUUAUACCUGAUGAUCCUGCAUUCGAUAAUUUAAAUAUUGACUUAAUUCGUGGAGAAGGAAUGAGCUUCGCUUCUAGUGAAAGAAAGAACAUUCAAAGAAAAAUUAAUGAUCACAAAAAAUUUGGCAGAAAAGGUGAUGGUGUAUUUAGAUUACACAAAGGUCGUUUAGAAUUCGGUGCAAUUGAAGCUGGCAGGAAUUGGGAAGAGAUAAAUGAUAAAUUAAUUAGAGAAUGUAAAAUGAAAGAAAAUCUAGUAAAAAAACUAAAAGUAAUAGGAAUACUCCACGGUGCAAACAGGUUGCAAGUCUUAACUAUAGAUCAUCCUGAAGGAUACAUCACUCGAAUUAAUCGUAAUAAUGUUCAAGAAGUUGCCGGUAGAUUAACAAACUCCAAACCACUUGCUCUGGUAUUAAAAGAGGUUUUAUAUGCACGAUCUAUUAUCAUUGCAACAAUGGAUAUAAUUGAUAAGAAAGAUGAUUUAAAGAUCGAAACCUUUCUUGAUGAUAAUAAAAAAUAG